AUGGGCAAGGCAUGGAAGAAGGUGAAUACAUCAUGGAAUCAGCUUUCGUCAAGCCCCCUUCGAGAACCUCCCCGCCUUCGACGACGACGAACCCCUCCCCACCCUUCUCUUUCCCCCACCUCCCCCACCGCCGCCGUCGCCAUCGAGACCUUGCCCGAAUUCCCUGCCAUCGCCGCCGCCUCCUCUCCGUCCUCCUUCACAGUCCUGAUCAAGGCCCGCGCCCCGCCUCUCCCCACCCACGACGGUCGUGCGGCCCUCGACCUCGUCGCCGUGCUCGAUGUCAGCCACAGCAUGGAGGGCCGCAAGCUCGCACUCGUCAAGCAUGCCGUCGGCUUCAUAAUCCGAAGCCUCACCCCCGCCGACCGCCUUGCGAUCGUCGCCUUCUCCAACACUACCAAUCGCGUGCUCGGCCUCCGCCUCAUGUCCGACGCGGGACGGGCAGAGGCGGCCAACGCUAUCAACUCCCUUGUCGCCUGUGGCGGGACAGACAUUGCCGGCGGCCUCUCCGUCGGCAUUCGCAUCCUAGAGGAGCGCCGUUUCCGCAACCCCGUGACGAGCAUCAUCCUCCUUUCCGAUGGCAUCGAUACCAUGGAUCGCUCCUCCCUCGCCGGUCUGCACGGCUCUUCCCGGACCAGAGCCUUCCUCCACCGCCUGCCCCCCACUGCCCAUAGCAUCGGGCCGAUCCAUACCUUCGGUUUCGGCGCGGACCACGACCCGGGCAUCAUGCAUGCCGUGGCGGAGGCCACCUGCGGGACCUUCUCCUUCGUGGAGAAGGAGGAGGCGGUCUCGGACGCGUUUGCCGCUUGCCUCGCCGGCCUGCUCAGCGUCGUUGCCCAGCGCGUGCAGAUGAACAUAUGCUCGGCCUCACCGGGUGUCUACCUCACCUCGGUCGCCACCGGGAACUACUCAUCGAGCAUCUCCGACCAUCGCCUGACGGCGGUCAUCAGCGUCGGCGACUUGUACGCCGAAGAGGAGAAGUACUUCCUUCUCGACGUCACGGUUCCCAUCAAAGAAGAGCAAAAAGAUCCUUGGACGCCGCUUGAGGAGAGAACUACAGUCCGCCGGCCCGCUAGCCUUUCGCCGGAGGAUGAGAGCGCGAACUUGAUCGUCGACGGGCAGCGGAACCGGAUUCUGGUGGCCGAGAGCAUUGCGGAGGCUCAGGCGAAGGCCGACGGCGGGGACCUGGAAGGGGCGAAGGCGGUGCUCGACGCACGAAGGGCGGCGCUCGUGGCCUCGUCGUCGGCUCAGGCGGGCAAUGAGCUAUGCGCAUGGCUGGACAAAGAGCUAAAAGAGAUUAGGGACAGAAUGGCGAACCGGCGAGCUUACGAGGAGUCCGGCAGGGCCUACAUGCUAUCGGGGAUGAGCUCGCACUCGUGGCAGAGAGCAGCGCUGAGGGGGCAAACGACGAUGCUGUCAUCGGCGCCGACGGCCGUCACAUUCCGGACGCAGGCGAUGGCGGAAAUGUUGGACCGGUCGCGCGAGUGGAGCCGAGCGUCGCCGCUGCUGGUCGACGGUCGGAGCCCGGCACCGCAGACGCCGGAGGGCAGGCGCCGGUAG